AUUGUUGGUAUCUGCUUGAUGAUAACAGUAUUACAGUUGACUCGACUGCCUAAUAUCAAUGUUGCUACAGUGCUUCUCUGUUGUGCAUUCGUUUAUGACAUCUUCUGGGUUUUCCUAUCACCACUUAUAUUCCAUGAGAGUGUGAUGAUUGCAGUGGCUCGGGGUGACAAUAGUGGUGGAGAGUCAAUUCCCAUGCUUUUGAGAGUUCCACAAGCUUUUGAUCCAUGGGGUGGUUAUGAUAUGAUUGGAUUCGGUGACAUUCUCUUUCCUGGUUUGCUUGUUGCAUUUGCUUUCAGAUACGAUAAAGCGAACAAGAAUCACCUUGCCAAUGGGUACUUUGUGUGGUUGAUAAUUGGUUAUGGAUUUGGUAAGUGUUCAUGCAUCAUCAAACGUUAAUACAUGCAUACAUAGCCUAUGUACGCAUACCAUGUUAUUCAGACUCGUAUGAGUGUUAUAUGUGGGUAUAUUCAACUCA